UUAAGCACGUACUGUAAACAAUAAACUCCAUGAUAACAUUGGAAUAAGAAGCCGAUGAUUACAAUUAAUAAAAUUAUUCGUAAGCAAUCUCUUUAUGUUUGACAAUUUAUGUUGGUUGACAAUGAAAAAAAAUGAAGGGCGGACGUCUUUCACGCUUUUGGCUCGGGCUCGGUCGAGUGAAGUCGGAUGAGUCCGGCUUGGCUGGCGCGAGACAACGCGUCACCAUAGAUCAGAAAGAGAUUGUCUGAUGCGUUCGGUUUUUUUUAACGGUGAGGCUGAUUCGAUUUGAUACCAAGUACUUUUGUUUCGAUACCGCAAGAUUGAUUCGAUGCUAUAAAUACUUGGUAUCGAAUCAAAAGUAUCGAGUACCUACUCGUAUUUAGUAGUAUCGGAAUAUCCCUACCUCGAACUAACGCCAUUUAAUUUUCUAUAUUGCCUCGCGAUGUCCGCUGUUCAAGAGAUGGUCAUAGAAGAUAGACGGCACAAAACUGAACGUUUGCCUUUUCAUGCAACCAUACACUUCAAAAGCGCAUUUCAAUUUGAGCGCAAACGAUUACAACGUGUAGGCACCACAGGACGUACUGGGUUAAAGUCGUAAUGAAAACAAAUUUUUUUACCACCAAAUAAAAACUAACCUAAAAAAUGUUGAUUGAAACUGACGUAGUUUUUUAUUCUCUGCACGCAUACGGCAUGAGCAAGAUUAUAAUCAGUUUGUGAUGAUUUGUGGUAUACAUUUUACACAACGAUAUAUCGUCUCUCGACAUUAUGAACCGUCACAACAAUAGGUAAUAAAUAAAUUAUUCAUUAUUAAUUAUUAGAGAUUUACGACGGUAAUUGCAGUUUCGAUUUGGGCGAGACUGGGUCGUUUUACGCGAUUCGCGAUCAAUCUUUUUGAGUAUGGCUUUAAAAUCGGAUUCCUUAAUUCGGUCCUUCUUUUCGACGACUACGUUCCACGGUUUCAAGUUUCUGUGCGCAGAGCGCUUGCACUGGACCGAAAGAUUAUUCUGGGUCGUGUGCUGCGCGUUUAGUUGGUUCGCUUCCGUCGUACUUAUGAAUUCUGCGUGGUACUCGUUUCAAAACAACGCGAUCAGUUUCGUCGUCGAGACGAACUAUCUCGACUGGGACACGGAGUUCCCUUCGGUAUCGGUCUGCGAAACCGACAAUCAGAAACGUAUGACCGAGUUUACCGACAAAUUAUUCGGUGAUCCCCACGACUACAACCUCGACGAAGUCGUCAAGGAGGCGGCGUUUUUUAAAGGCUUGUUUUUCUUUACGUUGGAAAUAUGCGGGCCCAAUUCCCCACCCGAUCCGAACUGUUUUAAGAGGACCUUAAGCGACUAUGCGAAUGAGUUGAAGAGUUCCUGCAAUGAAUUGUUCAACAGGUGCGCGUGGAACGACGUCGAAUUCGACUGCUGCCUCUAUUUUAAGGAAUUGCGAACGGAUCUGGGCUACUGUUACGUGAUUAACAAUUUGCAGACGAAAGACCGCAACGGCUACAGAAUGGUGUCCAAUAAAAAGUCAGGCCCUGGAACGCUCCGGUUGGAGAUCAAUGGCUCCACCAACGUCUAUGUUUUGGGAGAGCAAGAAAUUCCGUCUCUGCUGACGUCUCCCGUCGACACGAUUCAAGCUUCUCCGAAUACACGUCUUCGCCGUUAUUUCACUGUAAAAGAUAUCGAAAAUCAACCGGAAGUAAAAGAUUUGAGCAUACGCCAGAGGAAGUGCCGGUUCCCCGACGAAAAUUACCUCGAAGUGGUACCGUACUAUAGUUACAGCGGGUGCCUGUUGCAGUGCAAGAAAACCGCCCAGAUGGAGAAAUGCGGCUGCGCGCACCAUCUCGUGCCGAACACACCUAUCGAGAAACGGUGCAACAUCACGGGCUUGAGUUGCUUGAACGAGCAUUACAGGGAAGUAACGGUGCUGAAACCCGCGUGGUCCGACAGGGUCGGACUCGUAUGCGAGUGUUUGCCCAGCUGUACCGAAAUCCAACUAAAUGUGGUCCGUGAUUACAAAGAAAGCAUUGCCGAAGACUACGCGGUGGUCGAAUUGGCUCUCGAAAGGUUGCCAACCGAACGCUACAAGCGCAACGUUGUGAUGGGCCUUCUUGAUCUAGUGGUAUCAAUGGGGAGCGCCGCAGCGUUGUUUUUAGGCGCCAGCCUACUGAGUUUCGUCGAAUUGCUAUACUAUCUUUUGAUAAGAGCGAUGACAGACUACUUCAGACGGUAGAAAGCCCAUAGAUGCACCGAAUUUCCACAUUUUGCACGUGUGACGCAU